AUGUUGGAAUAUGUGGUUCCCCUGGGCUUGCUGGCGAUCGCUGUGCUGAUACUGUACAAGGUGCUGCUGCCCCAGCCUGGUGGCGCGGGCUUGCAGAGCAGAGCGAGUGCAGAGGAGGUGGAGCGAGAGCGGGCCAACGCAGCGGUGGACACCAUCAAGAAGCGGAUGAACGAGUUUGUGGAGGCCAGGAACAGGGAAGCGGACGAGGUCAUGGUGCCCGGGGGCGAGGAGAGCCUCGAGAGGAAGCUCAACGACAGCGAAGAGCUGAGCGACGAGGAGCUGCUCAAGACUGUGGGAUAG